AUGGCAGAUCCCAGAAAUACAAGUGGUGGGAUUGAUAAUGGUGGCGGAGGAAGACAUUUGGAUGCUACCGGUCCUAGGGAAGUGGUUUAUUGUCAUCAAUGUGAGGAUGAGUGGUACAAGGAUGAACAUGGCUUAGUGGAUCCAAAUAGUGACCCUCGUCGUGGGAUGGACAAUUUUCGUAAUAUCUCGCCAUUGCGCGAUCUUGACGACCACAACCCUUGGGCCGAUGACUCAGAUCCGGAAGAAGCAGAUAUUGAGGAACAUAUUACACGUGGCCCACAUGGCUCUGUAUUGAUAUCGCAAACAAUAAGAACUAGAAGGCCAGUACCGUUUGGAGGAAACUUCAACACAAUUACGGGUGAGAUGCGUCGAAUGCGGAGCCCAGGUGGCGCUGCAGGAGAUGAUGACGCAAUGCGAGAUUUCCAGAGUAUACUGGGGAAUCUAAUGGGUCCUAAUUUGAGAUCAAGUCGCACCGGUCGAUCUGGUAAUGACGACUUAUUUCCACGCGCUGAGGAAUUUCACACUGGUGGUGGUGGAUCUGGCUUUGGAAUGGGUGGCGGUCGAGGACCUCAUAUUGCCGGUGGUCGUUACACUUUCGAGGGGAGAUUUGGAAACGGUCGUUUACGGCCAAGAGAUGCAAACAGCCCCCAGGCUCAAGGAGCACCCGUUGAGGAUUUGGCUACGCAGAGCUCAACCUUUUCUGCUCCCUACUACAUGGAAAAGUUCAGACUAUACAAAAUCUGGAACGCGGAUCUUUUCCUAAUCUUCGUCUCCAUCUUCGUGCUCGUCUCGCUUAAUACCAAUUUCCUUUCUAUACUAAUCUCUCAUUUGUUUGCUCAAAUAGGUGCGGUGCCCGCACCUGGAACACCUGGUGAAGAUGACGAGCCUCGCCGCGGUAUGCCUUUUCCGGGUGUUGUAGGCUUACCAGGACUUCUUCAAACACUUUUCAGCCACCAAAAUGCAGUACAUGGCGAUGCUGUCUAUUCGCAAGAGGCAUUCGAUCGGAUCAUGUCUCAGCUGAUGGAACAGCAUCAACAAUCCAACGCGCCUGGCCCUGCCUCUCCGGCCGCCAUCUCGGCACUCCCAAAGAAAGCUCUGGACGAAAAGAUGCUUGGUCCGGAAGGCAGAGGCGAAUGCAGCGUUUGCAUGGAUGAUGUAUUUCUUGCUACUGAAGUUGUCGUACUCCCUUGCAAGCACUGGUUUCAUGAAGCUUGCGCCAGCGCCUGGCUCAGCGAGCACAACAGCUGUCCUAUCUGUCGCAAAGGCAUUGAAGCCGAAGAGUCGUCCUCGUCUCGUCAUGCCCAUACUGCUAGGCCAAGCAAUUCAACAACUCCACAAUCCGCCAGUUCUCCAAGUAGCCGCCGUGCUCGUCUUUCUCGUCUGAAUUCAGAACAAAAUGAUUUGAUGGCCCGAAACGAAGCUCGUUUGGAUUUUCUCCGUAAUAGUCACUUAACAGGCCCUUCUUCAGCAUCUCCUUUAUCAGAAAGGAGGGAAGCGGAAAGAAUGGAAAGAAGGGAAGCGGAAAGACAUGCAGAGAGAGUAGCAGAACAAGCCAUUGAAGAUAGUAUAUUUUCUAAUUCUUCUCGAAGCGAACACAUGCCAGGUAUAUUUCCAGGUAGCAAUGCAUCGACACCUACGUCGACAUUGCACAGAAGAGAUUCGGGCUUAAGUACGGGUACGAACGAGCCACGAAGAGGAAUUGGAAGUUCCCGUCAGAGUUCAUCGAGAGAUAGAUCAAGGAGUCGAAGGAGUGAAAGGAGUGAAAGUGAUAGCUCAGUUAGGGGAGAGGGAAACGGAAAUGGAAAUGGGAAUGGGAAUGGAAAUGGGGGGUUUGCUGGAUGGUUAAGGGAUCGUUGGAGUAGGAGGCAGGAAUAA